AUGAAACUAAAUCUUUUUCAGGAUAUUCGUAAGGCCAUGGAGAUGUUGUCACUGCAGCAGAAGCCAGCAAAGACCACAGAAGAGGCUCUGCAGAAACAGUACCAAUUCUGGAGCACUCAGCCAGUGCCAAAGAUGGAUGAGAAGAUCACGGUGAAUGAGCCGAUUGAGCCUGAGAAGUCCCUAGCAGAGAUAAGACAGGAACCAUACUCUCUGCAGGAAGGCUUUCAGUGGGAUACUCUGAAUCUGGAUGACCCCCUGGUGCUCAAGGAGCUUUACACACUGCUCAACGAGAACUACGUCGAGGAUGAUGACUCCAUGUUCCGCUUCGACUACCCACCUCAGUUUUUGAAAUGGGCAUUACAACCACCAGGGUGGCUGAAGGACUGGCAUUGUGGCGUGAGAGUCACCAAGAAUGGCCGUCUGGUGGGGUUCAUCAGUGCAGUUCCUGCCACACUCAGCAUUUACAACCAAACGCAGAAAAUGGUAGAGAUAAACUUCCUGUGCGUACAUAAAAAGCUGCGCAGUAAAAGAGUGGCACCAGUGCUGAUUCGGGAGAUAACGCGAAGAGUGAAUCAGACCGGUAUCUUUCAGGCAGUGUACACAGCCGGAGUGGUACUACCAAAACCUCUCGGCACUUGCAGGUAUUGGCAUCGUUCGCUGAACCCCAAGAAGCUGAUAGAGGUGAAGUUCUCUCACCUUUCUCGCAACAUGACCAUGCAGAGAACAUUGAAGCUGUACAAGCUGCCAGAUAACACUCGGACACCAGGUUUCCGCAAGCUCACCGCAGACGACGUGCCCAAGGCUCACAAACUGCUGGCUGACUACUUGUCAAGAUUUGACCUGGUGCCAUUGUUCUCUGAGGAGGAGUUUCGUCACUGGUUCCUGCCACAACCAGGCAUAGUAGACUCGUACAUCGUAGAGAACGACGGUAAUGUUACAGACAUGGUCAGUUUCUACACACUGCCGUCGACUGUUAUGCACCAUCCUGUCCAUCGGACCCUGAAGGCUGCCUAUAGUUUCUACAACGUAUCUAUGAAAACACCCUGGGUCGACUUGAUGCAAGAUGCACUCAUAUCUGCCAAAAACGCUGGCUUUGAUGUGUUCAACGCUUUAGAUCUGAUGGAGAACAAAGAAUUCCUAGAGACCCUGAAAUUUGGUAUCGGCGAUGGCAACUUGCAGUACUAUCUGUAUAAUUGGAGAUGUCCCCCUGUUGCUCCGAACAAGAUCGGACUGGUGCUGCAGUGAAUGCUCGCCGCGCUCGUUUCAGCUUGCUUCACAUCACUCGGCCGCACCCCCUCACUCACUGUUACCUGGACACUCAACUAUUCUGUAUUAGCAACUUAUUCAAUGAAAUAGUCCAGACUGUACAAUGUUGUGUGUGAUUACCGUAUUCGGGUCUCGGUGUACAUAUCCCACCCAGACAGUCUUCACCCGGUAGAGUAUACCAACUGCAAGGGCCAAAACAGUUCAAGGAUUCAAUGAAAAUUUAAGAAUUCAGAUUAAAAAUAAUCUUGUAAAAAGGGCUGCCAAGAUUUUGAAGUUAAGUUGUGAAAUCACAUAAAAAUGUAUUCAUUUAUGGAUUCUAGGUGUUGAAUUUUAAUAAAUAUUACUUUAUACUGUAAGAAA